AGCCGCCGGCCCGGCCAUGUGCCGACAGGGGUGGCUGCUGCCGGCUGCCUGCUCCGCUGCCGCCCGCCUCCUCCUCAGCCUCCUUCCUGCCGCUUGUUUUUAAUACAUUAUUUUUUUAUCGUUAUUUCAUUUUUAAGAUUUUUUUUUUUGUUAGAAACGUUUAUUUUGGUAUUGAUGCUCUCCGAGCCGGAGACUUCGGGAGACGCGGUCCUCACCUGAGCGAGCCGGCCCCAUUCAUUCCCCCGUGUGAAGGCUGUUAAUGGAGAAGAGGGCGGAUGACAGCCGGGACCGUGGUCAUCACAGGUGGAAUUUUAGCGACUGUCAUUUUACUCUGUAUCAUCGCCGUCCUCUGCUACUGUAGGCUCCAGUACUACUGCUGCAAGAAGGAUGAAUCCGAGGAGGACGAGGAGGAGCCCGACUUCGCCGUGCACUCGCACAUCCCUCCGCUGCACUGCAACCGCAACGUAGUGCUGACCAACGGCCCCUCGCUCUACUCCUCAUCCCCCUUCACCAAAAAAGCAGCCCAGAGCCGGCCCAGCUGCCCCAGCUGCACUCCCUACGAGCCCCCAACCUCCUUCCUCCAAGAACCCCCCACUUCCUUCCUCCAGGAGCCCCCCACAUCCUUCCUCCAGGAGCCCCCAACCUCCUUCCUCCAAGAGCCCCCAACUUCCUUCCUCCAAGAGCCCACCACAUCUUUCCUCCAGGAGCCCCCCAGCUCCUUCCUGCAGGAGCCCCCCACCUUCUUCCUGCAGGAGCCCCCCGAGGAUCUGCACAACGGGGGGGACAGGGUGAGCUACAAGACGGUGAGCCAGGAGGAUCUGGCGCUGCCCGUGUCCAACCUGCAGGCGCUCAACCCCAACCGGCUCUCGGCCAUGCGGGAGGCGUUCUCCCGCAGCCGCAGCAUCAGCACCGAUGUCUGAGGUGCCGCCACCCCACCCAGCCCCGGGGCAUUUGGACAGCAGCGGGGAGGACUGGUUGGAGUUCGUGGAGGAGUUUUGAAUAGGGAAAAAGCAAGCAAACAAACAAAAAAAAAAAAAAUGAAGUGAAUGUAUUUCGGGCUGGCGGUAUAAGGGGGAGCAGAGCAACCCCAAGUGAGGAGUGUGGGGGCGCAGCUGGAAUGAGAGGCUUUCCCAGCUCUGCAGAGUUUGCUUUUUUCUUUUAUAAAGAGGAUUUUGAUAUUGAGCAUCCUUUUCUAUGGAGGAGUUGCCCCUCCUCACCGUCUGGCCAGGGGUGAUGAGCAAAUGAUGGGGCUCAUGGGUGGCUGAAAACGGCUGAAAACGUACUGCAGGUCAGCAGCAGCUGCUGGCGUGACCUGGAGGCCCCAGGAUACACUCAGCCACCCCAAAAUAUCACUGCCAACCCUUCUGCCAGCCUGUGCUGUGCUGCUCCCUGCUGCAGCCAUGGAGAUGGCUGUGGCUGUGAGCCCUGCACCAUCCCCAGCCCAUCCCACUGCUCCAGCCAGGUGUUAAUCCCAGGUGCCAGGCACUAAUCCCAGGUGCCAGGCACAAUCCCAGGUGCCAGGCACUAAUCCCAGGUGCCAGGCACAAUCCUCUCAGGGUUAGGAUGGUGGCUGGGCCUGUCCCUGGAGCCCCCCAGAGUGAUCUCAAGGACCCCCUGAAGGAGCUGGGCUCGAGAUGUAAAACCUCUGCAUUACUCAGAGAUGGAAAUCACACACAGCACACCUUGGGAUGGAGGAAUAUCCCUGUGGAUAAUCAAUAUCUCUGCUCCAAGUGAUGCCACACACAGCUUCUGGCUGAGGGCUCCAUGGCACAGGGGUCACUGUGUGUGUGUCCACCCCUUGCAUGCA